AGCUCGUCUGGUUCGGCGCACUGCGAGGCCGCUCCCAAGGCAGCGCUGAAUCCACAACAGUUUGUGGCGUUCAGGGUGCAGCAGGUGCAGGAGAUCAGCCACAACACCAAGAUCUUCCGCUUUGCCCUCGACCCCGACACGCGUCUCGGCCUCACAGUGGCGUCAUGCCUCGUUACAAGGGCGCCCAUCGGGCCACCGGGGGACGACGGAAAGCCCAAAGCCGUCAUCCGACCGUACACGCCCAUCACCCCACCGGACGUCAUGGGGCACUUCGACCUGCUAGUCAAGGUGUACCCCGACGGCAAGAUGAGCCGCCACUUCUUCUCCCUCAAGCCAGGCGAUGUGCUUGAAAUGAAGGGCCCCAUUCCGAAGCUGCCCUAUCAGCCCAACAUGAAACGCAGCAUUGGCAUGGUGGGGGGGGGAACGGGAAUAACGCCCAUGUUGCAGGUCAUCGACGCCAUCCUCUCCAACCCCACCGACCACACGCAGGUGUCGCUGGUGUUCGCCAACACCUCCCCGGCCGACACCCUCCUGGCUGAUCAGCUCACAGCCCUCGCCGCCUCGCACCCCAACUUCAAGGUGUACUUCAUGGUGGACCGCGCGGAGUCGGGGGCGGCAUGGAAGGGCGGCGUGGGGUUCAUCACGGCCGACGUGCUGCGGAAGGCACUGCCCCCACCAUCCCCCGACUCCCUCGUGCUCGUGUGUGGGCCGCCCGGCAUGAUGAACCACGUGUCAGGCAACAAGGCACCCGACAAGUCGCAGGGGGAGGUGGAUGGCCUCUUGAAAACUCUUGGCUACACCAAGGACCAAGUUUACAAGUUUUGA